AUCGCGGGAGGAGCCGCGGCUGGGGCGGCGGGGCUUGGGGGGGCUCCCUUUCCGAGGCAGCGCAGGGAAGAGAGCCGCGUCUGCGCUGCUUGUGCUGGAGGAAUCUUGCUUCAGAGAUGCUGAUGGACGCUGAGCCAAGUGGCCUCAUCAGGAUCACCCAGCUUUUUCUCCUCUCUACAGCCUGGGGAAUGCAGAUAUGGGUGACAUUCAUCGCAGGUUUUGUUCUUUUCCGAAGUGUGAGCCGGCACACCUUUGGCCUGGUACAGAGCAAAUUGUUUCCCUUCUAUUUCUACACCUUACUUGGCUGCACAAUGCUUAAUCUUGCCAUAUUUGCUGCGUACCAUCCGUGGGAACUUCUGAGCACCAGAGAAACCGUUCAGAUCGCGCUCUUUUCUAUUUGCCUCAUUUUGUUUGCCACAAAUGCCUUCUGGUUGUCGCAAGUCACCACCGAGACCAUGUUUAAGAUGCAAGAGAUUGAAAGAGAGCAUGGGCUCGGACAGGAAGUGGGACAUUCGGGUCAGCGAGAGGCUUACCAACUUCUGAAGGAGAAGGACGGCAAAUAUCAGCACCUACGCCAGAAGUUCUUCAAGUUUCAUGGCUUGUCUUCUCUCUGCAAUCUGGCUUGUGUUAUCUGCACUGGUGUGAACUUGGCAUUCAUUGCCUUGCAACUGAAAAGCCUGUAGACCAGUGUUUCUCAACCUUGGCAACUUGAAGAUGUCCGGACUUCAACUCCCAGAAUU